AUGUUCCGAACAACCGCCCAAAUACAGCACAAAUCACCCAUCCCGUCAGGUACAACAGCUUCCAAAGCAAUUGAGAUGCUACACGAUCAUGUCUUUUUCUUACAAUCCAAUCCAUACAUGGUCAAGCAUGAAGCCUUGCCAGUUCAUAAGCCCGCUCCCUCAUGCCCCGACACGCUCAAAGACAAGCCCAUUGCACCACCAGACUGUUAUACUGUCACAGAUAGAAUACACGCUUUGCCCGCCGGAAUCUGGGACUCUGACGUGAUCAGCACCUAUGAGUUCUUAGACAUUGAAAGGGGUGUCUUUGUGAGGACACGGGGGCCAAUGGGGCUAGUGCUCGAGACUUUGUGGCAGAUUGAAGAAGCUGCUGAUGGAAGCUUGGAGAUUGCGGAGAACGUCGAAAUCUCAUGCUCCAGGUUGAUGAUCGGUAUGAUCAAAAGCUCAUGCGAGUCUGGAUGGAAAGGGGUCCAUGGAAAGAUGCUCGACAGACUGAGCGAGUCCUCAUAG